ACAACUCCUUACUUGUUCUUUCAUUCUUCAGUCUCUCUCUGCGGCUGAGGAUUCCGAACGAGUCUUAGAUUUCAUUUCUUCUUUGCUAAGAUAUCAUGGGUAAAGAAAAGUUUCAUAUCAACAUUGUCGUCAUUGGACAUGUCGACUCUGGAAAAUCAACCACCACUGGUCACUUGAUCUACAAGCUUGGAGGUAUUGACAAGCGUGUCAUUGAGAGGUUCGAGAAGGAGGCUGCUGAGAUGAACAAACGUUCAUUCAAGUACGCCUGGGUGCUCGACAAGCUUAAGGCUGAGCGUGAAAGAGGUAUUACCAUCGAUAUUGCCUUGUGGAAAUUCGAGACCACCAAGUACUACUGCACAGUCAUCGAUGCCCCCGGACAUCGUGAUUUCAUUAAGAACAUGAUUACUGGUACCUCCCAAGCUGAUUGUGCUGUCCUUAUCAUUGACUCCACCACUGGUGGUUUUGAGGCUGGUAUCUCUAAGGAUGGACAGACCCGUGAGCACGCCCUUCUUGCUUUCACUCUUGGAGUGAAACAGAUGAUCUGUUGUUGUAACAAGAUGGAUGCCACUACACCCAAGUACUCAAAGGCCAGGUACGAUGAAAUCGUGAAGGAAGUUUCUUCAUACUUGAAGAAGGUUGGUUACAACCCUGACAAAAUCCCCUUCGUUCCAAUCUCUGGAUUUGAGGGAGACAACAUGAUUGAGAGGUCCACCAACCUUGACUGGUACAAGGGACCAACUCUCCUUGAGGCUCUUGACCAGAUCAACGAGCCCAAGAGACCCUCAGACAAGCCCCUCAGGCUUCCAUUGCAAGAUGUUUACAAGAUCGGUGGUAUUGGAACUGUGCCAGUCGGACGUGUUGAGACUGGAGUCAUCAAGCCUGGUGUGAUCGUUACCUUUGGCCCUACCGGUCUGACAACUGAAGUUAAGUCUGUUGAGAUGCACCACGAGGCUCUCACCGAAGCUCUCCCCGGAGACAAUGUUGGAUUCAAUGUUAAGAAUGUUGCAGUGAAGGAUCUCAAGCGUGGUUUCGUUGCAUCCAACUCCAAGGAUGACCCUGCUAAGGAAGCUGCCAACUUCACUUCCCAAGUCAUCAUCAUGAACCAUCCAGGACAGAUUGGAAACGGUUAUGCCCCAGUCCUCGACUGUCACACCUCCCACAUUGCUGUUAAGUUCGCUGAGCUUCUCACCAAGAUUGACAGACGAUCUGGUAAGGAACUCGAGAAGGAGCCUAAGUUUUUGAAGAAUGGUGAUGCUGGUCUUGUUAAGAUGAUUCCAACAAAGCCUAUGGUUGUGGAAACUUUCUCCGAGUAUCCACCACUUGGUCGUUUUGCUGUGAGGGACAUGCGUCAAACUGUUGCUGUCGGUGUCAUUAAGAGUGUUGAGAAGAAGGAUCCAACUGGAGCCAAGAUCACCAAGGCUGCAGUCAAGAAGAAGUGAGUUUGCACAUCAUCAUCACCAUGGUUGCUGCUGAAGUUGUUCCUUUAUAGUAGUUUAUCUUUCCGGAGUCUUAGUUUAAUUUUGCAGUUUAUUUUGCAAGUCUUUGCCGGUUUCAUUCAGCCAAACUUACAAAACUGGGUUCUUGAUCGGCGGUGGUCAUAUUUAUUUUGUGGUUGUUUUUGAUGGUGCUGUUUUUGCUUAUUUGAUCUUUUGAGAACUUCAUUUUGUAAAAGCAGCUAGGUUUCAUGGUUUAAUUUUGCUGCUGAAGGAUGUUCAAUUGCAUUUAAUUUAUAAGACAUUUUUGUCAAUCCUUCAUCCUGAUUUUGUUUUAUGGUUUUAUUUUUAAUAUCCAGUUUAUGAAUGUGUAUGCUUUGAUUGAGCUUGUCAUUUAGUAUAUUUGAUUGUUCAAGGCUUCAAUCAAGUA